UAUGUGACAAAACCUGGUGUAGUGGGGUUUUGUCCGGACUCCGAUUAAAAAAAAUGGAAACGUCACCGGAAAGUUGUAGAAACUAGGAACUUAUGCCUCCUACUCUGCAAUUUUUUUAGUGUAAAUGUGAGCAUAACUGAGGAGUAAGUAAAACUGCUCUGAUCUGCAAUUCCUUUGUAAUUAGAAGUUGUUGAUUGGCUGCAAUGUCGUCGUCGUCGUCGAAGAUUUUAGGAUACUUAUCAUCAUCAUUCACAUUUGAACGGUGGCGGCGAUCAACGACCAAUUUGAUAGGGUUACAGCUAAUGAGGUUCUGCAAUUCCAAAGUGGAUAUUCGUCUUCCAAAGUCGUUCUGCUUUGUCGCAUCAUCAUCUUCAGAAUCUUCUGGCGGCUCGAGUUAUGAGGUGUUCUUGAGCUUUAAUGGUAAAGACAUUCGCACCAAUUUCGCUGAUCAUCUCUAUAAUGCGUUGGUCGAUUCUGGAAUUAGAACUUUCAGAGACGACGAAGAACUCCGAAAGGGAAACGAGAUUGGUCCGGAGCUAGUCACUGCAAUCCAGGAGUCGAGAAUUUCCAUUCCCAUCUUCUCGAUGAACUAUGGUGCAAGCAAAUGGUGUCUCAAUGAGUUAACCGAGAUAUGUGAAUGUAGCAGAACAAUGAAACAGAUCGUUUUUCCCAUUUUCUAUAAAGUUGAACCAAGGGAUGUGCGAAACCAGAUCGGGGUAUAUGCUGAGGCCUUCGAGGAACACCAGAAGCGAUUUGAUGAGACAACUCUGCAGAAGUGGCGAAAUGCUCUGAAAGAGGUUGGAAAAUUGGAUGGAUGGCAUUCCAAAGAGGACACGGAACGAGUAAUGUUGAAGGACUUAGUCUUUACUUCAGCAGCAUAUCGAGGGGUAAAUGUUUGAUAAGUGGUAAAGGAUUUGCUGCAAUGACAAAACUGAGGUUACUCCAAGUUGACUAUGCAAAUUUUUCUGGGAACUUCAUGCACUCUUUUUCAGAAUUGAGAUGGCUUAGUUGGAAAGGCUUCUAUGACCAAUAUUUA